GUUGCUAUGUGGUUAGCGUCUCCUCUGUGUCCGGUUGCUAGCUAAUGGAUAUCUCGCUUAUAUCGAUGUAGUGUAUAAGAAGAUGCAGGCUUUUAUUCCUAUUUAUAUUGUAUUGUGACGUUUAGGGUUAGAAUGACAACGCUUUUAAGGUGUGAAUGGGCAGUGGACGAGAAUAGGUGUUGAUCUGCUGUGCUGGAGAACAGUUGCUGCUAUCAUCGAACAGCUCGCUUAAUUUCCAUCGACGAUUCUAUUUUUGCAAUCUUUAUUUUAUUAUUAUUAUUAUUAUUUUGAAGUAGACGCUGACACACACCUACUUGAAACGAACUAAAACUAAGUAGACUGUGUGUGAUCUUUUUUUUAAAUUCACGAAAAAGCUUAAACGCCUGAAGUAUAGUAAAAUUGAGAAGCUGAUGAGUGUUAUUUUGGAAACAAAACCCAACUGAGAUCGACGUGAUGCAGCCUUCAACUCUUAAUUUAUGUAUGGUUUAAGAAGUUGAUACUCGUAUGAGUUCCAGGGAGGAAAUCAAGAUGGGGGAUAUUUUAGCCACUGAAGCCAAUCUGCUUGGUAUGAUUAAGGAGUACCUUAAGGUGGAACAGUUUGAUAACACAGUUCACAGUUUUGACAAGGAGUGCAAGAGCAAAGGAAAGCUUGUGUCCAAGCCUCAAGGAAAUGCUCUGAGAGACGUUAAGACUCACAUCGUCCAGAAAGACCUCCUUAGUUCUUUCAGUGAUGGAGACUACAAGGUGUUCUUUAAGGUGUGGGGAGAUAAUAUUCCCUCUGAUCUAGAUUACACCGAUACUGAGGCCCAAAAGCUGGAGUUCUACCUUUAUAUCCAUUUUGCCAUCUACCCACUGAGAAGCCAUCCUGGAACACAAGACCAGGCAGAGUUUGAAGAGAGGAUUUCUUGUUUCAAGAAAUACCUGGAGACACGUGGGAAAGCACUGAGUCAAAUCACAGAGUUUCUGCCUUAUUAUGCUUUGCCUUUUGUGUCCAAUCCCACCAUUCAUCCCUUCUUCAAGGAUCUCUUUCAGGAUACCUGGAUAGCAAAGUUGAAGAAUAGACUUCACGAGUUUCUCUCUGUGACAUUGAAGCCUUCAAACUGCCCGAGGCUGCUGACAUUAUAUAAGGAGGGUGGAAAGAGUUCGAAAGAAGCCUUGCAGCAGCUCCAGGUACAGCUGGUUGAGUCAGAGCUGUGCUCCGCCAACUACAUGCGCAAGUUCAGCAAGAUGCAAGCAGACUACUACCAGCUCAUUGGCAUCGCUGCUGAGCUGGUUGAAUCUUUGGAAGCCACCAUCAACGGAAAAAAUAUAUCCCCCGAGUACCUGCAAAGUGUGUUUGUUCGCCUGUUCAGCAGCCAAAUGAGGCAGAGCACGGUGCAGAUGACUGACCUCACCAGGCCUGGCACUGGAUAUUACUCUAUGAGUCCCUAUGAUGAUGGCUAUGCUUCCUCAAUACUUCGAGCAUCCAUUGCCCCACACAGAGCUAAGGAAGUGCCCAUGCUGCCCUCUCUGGAUUAUGUGAAGGUGAAGAAGGACCUGCUUGAAGGAUCAGACAGUCUUAGGUCCCUGUUGCUUCAGGCGCUGCGCUGGAGACUUACGCGCUCACUUCCCGGUGAACAGAGGGACACUGUGCUUCAGGCUUACAUUAGCAAUGAUCUACUGGAACGCAACAGCACAAAGCAGGAAACUAUUCUUCAUUUACUGACUUCAAAGAACGAAAUGGUGCGGCAGUACAUGGCUCGUCUCAUCAAUACAUUUGCCUCCUUUGCAGUCGGGCGAGGUUACCUCUCCAAAAUCCAUUUGCUUCUAAAACUCCUGAUGAAGACACUCCGGAAGGAGGAGAAGGACACCUUGACCAGAGAGAAUGUGCUGGUGGCUCUGCAGAAACUAAGUCUUGUGAGGAACCAGCAGACAGCCAUGGUAGAAGAUGAUUUGAUUGGCUGGCUGGUGGAUGAAUUGCAUGACUCAGACUGUCUGAGCGAUUACACACUGGAGUAUUCUGCAUCUCUUCUCAUGAAUUUGUGCCUGCGAACAAAAGGAAAAAGGAAGUGUGCAGAAAAUGCCAAGCAUGUGCUCAAGGUUCUAACUGACCUCCUCGGACAUGAUAACCAUGAGAUUCGUCCAUAUGUGAAUGGGGCCCUGUACAGCAUCCUGUGUAUCCCUUCUGUGAGACAGGAAGCAAAAGAGAUGAGUGUGGAGGAGAUCCUCUGCUGCUACAGUAAGGAGGAUAAUCGAGAGCUUCACAGACAAAUUGGCUUUAUCAUUAAACAGCUCAACUCAGCGGAGGAGGAAGGACCAGAGUCAGAAGAGGAUGAGGAUGACAAUGAUGAAGAUUUAAUAGAGUCAGACAGAGAUAAAGAGGAAGUCCUUAAGCCACAGACCAGAGAGCUGUCUGGGGAAAGUCUGCUCACUACAGAAUACCUGGGUAUUAUUACCAACCUACCCAAAGUGAAGAAGAAGUCAAACCAGCAGCAUCACCCAAGCAUUGAUGAGCCUCUUCAGCGACCGGUGACCCCAAGCUCCCAUCGUAACACUAACGUAGUGAAUUACCACCCAGGCAGUCAGGGUAGUAUGGGUGGCAGAGAAGGGAGAAACCCUCAGCUUGGAAACCGUAGUGAGACGGGAAACGCCUCUUCUUUCAAGAACAAUUCUCAACCUCACACGAGCUAUGGCAAUCGCCCACGCACGGCUGAGUCCCUGCAUCACAGCACUGACCCGGAGUACGGCCGGCCGGCCAAGGCUUCUGGUCUGGACCAAUCCUAUGAGCUACAAGCCAGAAAAGGAAGCCUCCAAGAGAAACACAAUGAACAUUUUAACAGCAUAGAUUCAGUCUCCGCAUUUGCAAGCAUGCCGAGGCUUGAACGGACUCCUGAGCCAGGAGCCAUCCAGAGAAAUGCCACGUGGAGUCUGGCUCCCACAUUUUCCCAGGCUGAACCCCAGCAGUGCAGCCGGCCAUGCUCUGCAGGCUCCCCGGGUGGACUGGGACGACAGACUGGAGGCAGCCAGUCAACACGGAGGUGAAGAGGGAGCUGUCACCACGGCGUUGAUCUAUCUCCCCCGGCACAUCAAGUUUCCUGUAACACCAUCCUUCCAGUUUUUGAUCAGGGUCAGAGUCACAGAGAGAGGGUCGAGAAUCAGCAAAGGGAGGCGGAGGGGCUUGAACAAUGCAAAGGAUUGUGAUCCUGCAUUUUUUCCCGGCUUCAGGGCAGACUUUUGCAACCCAAUACGAGGUCAGACAAUAAUCGUAUCUCCCAGCUGGCCAACUCGGUGCUCUUUGCAGCCUCGUUUGGCCCUCAAUUCUACGCUCUCUGUCGCUUUUUCUCUCUCAACAAGGUCACUUGGCACACCUGCAUAUGUGUAACAUCCAGCUAAUUGACAAGUCUUGGUUUUAAAACUGGAGAUUAGCAUGAUGUUUACUGGUAAUGGGUUUAAGGGGCCAUAACAAAACAAAGAGAUAUGACAUUAAUAAUAAAUAAUAGAUUUGUUUUUAUCAUUUAACCUAUCUUGUGAAUCGUCAAGGAAUGACAUGAUCUUAGCAGGCUUAUGGUCAUAGAGCAUAACGCUGAAUGUCUAUUGUCAGUGCUUGAAUUCAAACUUGUAACGUGCAUCGCUUCGGGGAACACACAACUCUAUUUUCUCGUUAUACAAUCUUUUUAGACCAAUAUCUAUUGCAAUGUUUACACAGAAUCUGCAAAAAAAAAAUUGGAAAUUGUGUCAAUAUUUUAGCUGUCAUUCUUUCCACUGUUCAAACUCCAAUCAUGUAUACUUAUGUGGAGCGCAAAGUUUUUUUAUUGUCUUGGAGACAAUUUUAUUUCAUACAAAAUUAAUGACUUGAAAUCCAACUUGUAUCUCUCUAGUUAUCUAUGCAUUCAUCCAUCCAUCCAUUUAUUUUCUAAUAUCCCAGUUCACUUUGGGCAAGAGGCGUGGUACACCUUGGAUGCCAGUCAAUGGCAAGCACAUACAGUAGACACCAUUCACACGCAAAUUCACACCCAUGAGGAAUUAACCAGCCAUGCAUGUUUUUGGACUGUGGGGGGAAGUUGGGCUACCCUGAGAGAACCCACGCAAGCACGGGGAGAACAUGCAAACUCCACACAGAAACGUCUGAGCAGAGAUUCACACCCAGAACUAGGAUGCUGGACUGUGAGAAGGACCACCUUGUUGCCUAACCAAAAAAAAUAAAUAAAUAAAAUUACUCCUUUGUUAUUUUGACACAAAAACAAAGUCACAACCUUUUCACUGAACAGUCAUGAUUUGUGUUUAAUAAUUUUAAAUCAGACCCAGCAUUACGUGAGUCCAGUCAUUUAUUAAUAAACUCCACUAUUAGCAGAUGGGUACUUGCAUUUUUAUAAAGUGCAAUCCAGCUUGUUUUAGCUUUUCCCUAACUCACAUUUGAUCUCCUGAGGGAUGACGUGUCCAAUGAUUUGCAUUGAGGAUGCGAGCAGCAGCACAAUGUGAGGAAACAAGUCGCACAGGACACAUUGACGCAAUUGCAUGCAGGUGGCUUAGUAACCCUUAGCUCCAGCAUGCUGGUACCGUCCAGCUGUAAUCGCAGCAGAGAGGAAGCCGCUGCUUUUUAUCAAAACAAAACAAUGGAUGAAGAGAUUGAGUGGGAAAAAUAGAUGGGUCCCUUGACUUGUAACACAAAAAGAUGGAAAACUUUUCCCCCAAUUACAUUAGGUCUGUAUUACAGCAUCAAGUGGGGACUGAUGUGUGUCACAAGUGCUAUUUAAGUAUGAAAAUGUCAAGCUGGUAAGGCUGGCUACAAAAAGGACAACUGGCAUCAUGUACCGGAAAACUCUCAAGUCAGAUAUGCAGGGUUUUCCUUCUUUCCAUUUGUCAUGCUUGUAAAAACAUCAUCUGCUAUUUCGCAACAAUUGCUUAAGAAAUACCUCACUUAAAAUAUAGUCCACUUGAGUCAAAAGUAUAUUUAUAUCAAGGUAAAGUCUUUUGAAAAAAGAUACCUCCUUGAUGAUCCAGAAGUGCGGAUUCUCAAAAGGUACGUUGACAUCUGAACAGUUCCAAAUACCAGUCAAUGUUAGCACAAAACCUUCAGGCUCUGCUCGAAAGAAAAAGAAAAUGUCAGGAAAAGCCUACUAGAAUAUGAACCUGAACUGUUAAUCAGAGGCCCUUUAAGUGGUGGCAGGUGUGUGCUGACACCCAUUUAACAUGAGUUUGAAUGUGAUUGGUUAAUUCUGAACACAGCCACAUCCCUAGUUAUAAGAGGGUUUGCACACUUGUGCAACCACAUUAUCUCAGUUGUGUAUUUUUAUUUGCAUUCUCAAAAAAAGCUCAGAUUUUUUUUCAGUUGAGUUGUACAGGCUCCUUAAGCCAUCACCUUACCGUGAUAGAGGGGUUUGUGUGCCCCACUGAUGUGCCCCAGAGUACGCGUUACUGCCUUCCAGGAGAUGUUACAGAGUGAUCAGCUAUAACUCUCCUUCCUCUAUCUCACUACUGAAUAACCAACCUGAGAAAACACGAGGCCCCAAUUAUAUUUUUUCAUACAGAGAUGUGAUCACCAUCAUCUAAUAUUUAUUAGUUUUACUUGGUUUUAUUGGUUUUACUGUUGCCGGUCGGAUCCCCAGCUACAGAAGCUAGCUCUAGGGACGUGGAAUGUCACCUUUCUGGCAGGAAAAAAACGUCAGCUGGUGUGUGAGGUCGAGAGGAUCCAACUAGUUACAAUUGGCCUGACCUCAACACACAGCUUAGGCGCCAGUACCAGUGUGUUUGAGAGGAAGGUUUUAUGGACUGAUGAGGUAAAAGAGAUGAAAAGGUUAAAGCUUUGAGAAAGAAAAUAUCUGCUUAUGAUCCCAAACAUAGAUGAUAACCUGUGAACCUCAGCGGAAGUCAUGGCUUGGGCUUUGUCUUAUUCCUAAAGACAAACAGGUCUCCAACAACAGCAGUGUGGCGACUCCUAUGUGUUUGAAUUAGCAGCAUCCCACUCAGAUGUUUUUAUCAGUAAGCAGCCAUGUGCACUGCUGAUAACGGAUGACGCCAGCCAAGAAGAGCAUUUCAGUGCUUCUGUCUCCUCAACCUCCUGCUUCCUCUUGACCAGUCCUUAGAGAUAGCUCGAAGUGACUCUGCCACCCCUUCCAACAAUGCUGUGACACUGUUGUUGACACUUUCAGAACACAUUUGUUGGUUUAGGUGAGUGCACCAAAUAAAGAAAAGUUCAGUAAGAUAAUAGACAGUGGUCAUAACAUUUAGCUAUUUUAGAAACCCAUUAUAGUUCAUUGAUAGUUUAUUUAGAAAUCACCUUUUACAGGGUGUACCCUCUCAGGAAUGUCCUUACAAAACUAACCAUUACCCUUUUGCAUGAAUGCAAGUUUGUGCACUAGAGCGAGUUAGCGUGUUUUGUGGGGCACGUUGUGCGGUAGAGCGAGUUAGUGUGUUUUGUGGGGCACGCAGUCGCUCCACUGUUAAUAUUGUUCUGUUGACUCAUGAACAGGAAUAAGGAAUCAGUGUCACAGGUGGCGACCACAUUAGCUUACCAAUAAGGACUACUGCACACAGAACGGGGACUUAUUUGCAUUUCUAUCUCGAGUUAGUUAAACCAUUGGGGUGAUGGAACCUCAAGAUACUUUCAUCAAUCUUCACAACUUGUUUUCACACUACACAAUCCCAGUGGUUCCCAACCUUUACGCAGCCACGGGUCACAAAAAUGUAGGUUAUUCUUUACGGUACAUACGGAAAUAUUGAUGAUCUCCUCACAAUUCAAUCACAAAUUUACUUUGUGUACAAUCUGUGCUUGUUUAGUUGAGCGCUAUUAUUCUGUAGGAAUGGCAAAAGUAGGACAGAUAAUUUAAUUGUAGCAGCUAGUGGAAGAACAUUUUAUUGUUCUGCCUGUCACUGUAUGUGACUGGCAUAGAUAAAAAAAAAUAUUUACUACAAAUGUAUCUGACUAAUUGAGUGAAAUUGGAUAAUUUACCAUGGCACACCUGAUAAUCUCUCACAGAUGUUGAGAAUCACUGCACUAAACAGACGAAGUCUUGGGUCACAUCUCACUUACAGUAAUGCACCAACUACAUCAAUCCAUCCAUUUUCCGUAACGCUUCUCCUCACUAGGGUCGCGGGCGUGUUGGAGCCUAUCCCAGCUAUCUUCGGCCGAGAGGCGGGGUACACCCUGAACUGUUGCGAGCCAAUCGCGAGGCACAUAUAAACAAACAACCAGUCGCACUCACAUUCACACCUACGGGCAAUUUAGAGUCUUCAAUUAACCUACCCUGCAUGUUUUUGGGAUGUGGGAGGAAACCGGAGUACCUGGAGAAAACCCACGCAGGCACGGUGAGAACAUGCAAACUCCACACAGGCGGGUUGGGAUUUGAACCCCGGUCCUCAGAACUGUGAGGCAGAUGUGCUAACCAGUCGCCCACCGUUCCGCCGCACCAACUACAAGUUGGCCUAAAUGAUUUAGUCCACCCAAAUGUUGCAUAUCAUCAAGGCACUUUUCGAUACUUCCAACUUGGGUAGGAACAGUUAGGGGGAGGCUUGUCCAGCAUGACUGCAUUCCCGUGCAUAUAGCAAGGUCCAUAAGGCAGUAGAUUAGAAGAACUUGGGUGUUCUGAUCGAACCACUGUCAAACCCCUUUGGGAUGAAGUGGAACAUUAAAAGCCCCAACAAAUUUUGUUCUGGGUGAAUGGACAAAAAUUCCCCACAGACACACUCCAGUAUCUUAUACAAAGUCCACUGUCCCAUUACUUUUGCCCAGUGGCCACUCAUGCUUUCACCAGCAAGAUAUGGUGUGAAUUAUUAAUGUUUUACUAGAAGAAGUCAAGAGUUAAUAAAGCAUGAAAAGAUUGAUUUUGGGGUAUGUACGACACCAGCACAGACCUUUGUAUGUUCUUGCUCCCUUGUCAGAGAAGAAGAUCCUCACUUGAUGUCUAAGUUGGGAAAGUGUGUGUGUGUGUGUGUGUUCAGUGUCCCUCAGGCAUAUAUUUUUUUUCCUCCUCAGCAGUAAAUUCUUUCAUGGUGACUUGUAGUGAGCAGUCAGUCUCUGAGCACAAGACACCUGACAGACCUCAGGUAAUCCUUUCAGGUGGGCUUAACUCAACAAUAGGAUCAUGGCAAACUUCCUGUGGGUUAAAAGUCUGAAAUUUCCAUUGCAUAUUAAAAAACCUUUUCUUUCAUCGCUGAUCACCCUGACACCUUCCUUGCUCUUCCAUAAAAAGCAACAAAAGAUGAAAAGGAACAGCUGAGUGAGAAGUGGCAGGGAGGGAAACAAAUGUAUGUUCAACUAAGUCAUGAAUUCCCAACAUUCAUCUUUCUCACAUACCGUAUGUGCCUGUCCAUGCCAAGGUCAAACAGUCUCAUCAAACACGGUUUCACAUCAAGUCUUUUUAUUUCCCGCCAGGUUACAUUCUCAGCUCCUCGGAGAUGCACAAUGCCAUUGAUAAAUAGUCAUUAUUGCUAAAACGGUCAUUGUAACUUUUUUCAUGUGUAAAGUCAUCUCAACAAAUACUAACCACUGCAACUGUCAAGCACACAAAUAAAAGAUGUUUUUGGCUCUUUA